UUGAACGUGGCAAUUUGUCGAAGCCCAUCGUUGGGAUGGCAAAUUGUCAAUUGGCUCCCCCCGAGAACUCCUCCCACUCGCACGAGCCAACACAAAAACUGCGACGCUCUCCUCCUCGUCGCGCCGCCGCAUCUAGCCUCGCCGCCGGCGAUCCGGUUCGAUCCACUCCGCCGCGCCAUUGCCGCCCUCUGGCGCGCAUGUAAUCCUACGCCGUGGUCCUCUCCCACCUUCGCUCCCGCUUCCGCGACCCUCCACGGGCAUGGGGAUGGGGGCCGCGAGAGGAGGCGCCAGGGGCUGGGUCCCCGGCGAGAGGUGGCGGCGGGUCCUCUUCCUCGCGCUGGCGUCCGUCUCCUUCCUCGUCUCACUCAUCCUCCUCUUCCUCUCCGCCCCGCGCCUCCGCCUCCCGGGACCAACCCCGUCCUCCUCCUCCGCGGCCACCGCCGCCCGGCGCGGGCCCGACGCGCCGCCCUGCCUCGCGUACCUCCUCACCGGCGCCCGCGGCGACGGGCGGCGACUCCUCAGGCUCCUCCUCGCGGUUUACCACCCGCGCAAUCGCUACGUGCUCCACCUCUCCGCCGACGCGCCCGACGCCGAGCGCCGGAGCCUCGCCGCCGGGGUUGCGGCCGCCGCCCCUGCCGUGGGCGCGUUCGGGAAUGUCGCCGUCGUCGGCACCCCCACUGCGGGGACGCCCGUGGGAUCCUCAGGGCUCGCCGGCACGCUCCGCGCCGCCGCCGUGCUGCUCCGGCUCCACCCUGACUGGGACUGGUUCCUCACCCUCAGCGCCGCCGACUACCCCCUGGUCACCCAGGACGACCUGAUUCACGUCUUGUCCUCUGUUCCAAGGGACCUUAACUUCAUUGAUCACACUAGUGACAUUGGGCCGAAAGAAUCUGAGAAAGUACAAGAAAUGAUAGUCGAUGCUGGAAUUUACUUGGCAGGGAGGACCAACUUCUUUCGAGCUACACAGAAACGACCAACUCCUGACGCUUUUAAGUUCUUCACAGGUUCUCCAUGGGUCAUUCUUAACCGGCGGUUUAUAGAGUACUGCAUUCUUGGUUGGGAGAAUCUCCCCCGGAUUCUUCUCAUGUACUUCAACAAUGUAAUGCUACCCCUGGAAGGAUAUUUCCACUCAGUCAUAUGCAAUUCGCUGGACUUCCGCAAUCUCACUGUGAACAAUGACUUGAGGUUCAUGGUUCGGGAUGAACCACCUCAGACAGAGCCCCUUUUUCUGAGCAGGGAACGUUAUGGUCAGAUGGUGGAUAGUGGGGCACCUUUUGCGAGGCCGUUUCGAGAGAAUGAUCCUCUGCUGGACAAGAUCGACAGCAACAUACUAAAGCGUUGGAGCCAUGGAGCCAUUCCUGGUGCCUGGUGCUUAGGGAGGAAGAGGUGGCUCAGUGAUCCGUGUUCCCAGUGGGACGACGUGAACAUUGUGCGACCAGGCCCUCAAGCUGUGAAGUUGCACCAAUACAUAAAUAGGACUUUAGAAGAAGCAAAGUCUAGCAGAAACUCAUGCAGGCGAUAGUUGCAUUUUUGUCAGGGGCCUCACAUCACACCCCUUGGUUGAAAGCUUUGAACUUACUCAAUUUCUCCGCCGAGGGCUCUCCACCAUGCUGAAUAAGUAGCCGAUCCCUCCAUGAACUGAAACAAGCACUCGUCAUGCCUGGAUACCGACACUCGGCCAUGGAGGGCCGUGGUAGAUUCUUUUCAAGAUCUUUUUUGUGGCAACUAUCAUAAUCAUGGCUGAAGAAUUCCACUGCGGUCUAGGUAACUCCAUUGACCAUUUCUUGCUCCACUAUGAUAUUGAAGACAGAUAGCUUAGAGGCUAGAGCAGGCGAGAGCAGAGGCUUAUACAGGUGGUGUAGUUCAUCUGUUGUCAUUUUGAGUAACCUCGUGUUGGUUGCUAUUCACAGCACAGCUAAUGAAAUUUGUUCAUCCUCGUGCUCUCAGAAGGGUAGAACUAGAGAAACAAAGUAGAACAAGCGAUCAUGUUGUCUUACUGGACAACUUUGCUUUCAGAUGCUUAGAAUUAUCACUGAACAAACUCCAUAGUGUACUGAUGUUAUUUUUCCGCUUCUUUUGAGAAAUAUAUCUUUGCACAUUAUGACAUAAAGGUACU